UCCGAAAAGACGCCUCAGUGAUUCCCCUCGGAAGGAAUAAGCUGCGGCACCGUUUCCAUGGCGACCAGCCGGAUAAACAGACGCCAAGAGCCGGCGUGGCCCUCAGCACGAGCGAGAGCCAUCAAGUCUGCCUGAGGCUGUAGAGGAGGACUCUCGUGGACUCUUAUCCGUGUGAAGAGGCCGAAAUCGCGCUCUUCUGUGAGAAUUACACACCCCACAUAUUCACCCUUGUUUACCUGUCCGAGCUGAGCCGGGCUCCCCCGUGAUGGAUAGCAGGAAAGCAUCCGCACGGCGUGCCGCCUCUGCGGGGUACCGCUUCCCGGACCCGGCGGCCGCGGCGGCCGCAGCUCUCACCUCGCAUUCCUCCGGGCCGCCGUUCAGGCAGCCGGCGGCCAAAGUCCGCCUCGGGAGAACCGGGGAGGCUCCGACGCGGGACCCGGACUUCCGUGACCCAGUUAAGCAGGACCAGGUGUGGCGGGAGUUCGUGCGGGCGGAGCGGGACGGAGCCAAGGAGUGGCAGAAGAAUUGGAGUUUUCUCCGAAAUUACGACCAGCUGGUAAGGGUCGCCCCCGGAAGGAGACACCCCUCCCCAGCUAUGUCCCAGUGUUCUCAGACCUCGUCCCCAACACGGCCAACCAGACGUUCGGAAGCCGCGUGGGGACUGACCUGGGACAGGCCCUGGUCCGCCUGGACAACCUGGCAGUGUUGCGCAGGAGUCACCGAAAGGCCAAGCUGGACCCGGACAUGCAGCCCUGCUAGAAGCGGGCCGAAGCCCAGCAGCCCACAGAACCAUUCCACUGCAUGGAGAGCAGCCGGACUUCAGGGUAUCGCGGAGCAGUUCACUGAUCCCAAAGCAGUGAAACACUUCGCAUAGGAAGAAACGGGGAAAAAAUGAUACAGGGUCUCUAAAAUUAUUUCUAAAUCUCUACUUUCUACUCUUUUGCCAACACUCUCAUUAAUUCGAGUGUUAUAGAUGGUAGCUUUGAUAGCAGUCAGCUUAUCCUUCAUUUUGUACUCUAUUUUUAUACAGUUUUGUAAGUCUUUUAAAUAAAUCUUCUUUCACAGUU